UAUAGCCACCCACAGCACACAACUCCACCGGUAGUAACAAAGCCAGUACGUAGCGCAAGCAGAGAGUUUAGGUCGCUCCCAGCCCGGCCGCUCACCAUGUGGACCAAGAAGGUGGCGACGCAGGUGGCUUUGGUCCUGCUUCUCCUCCUCAUCGCACAGGAGGCGGCGGUGCCGGGGGCGGAGGCGAAGGUCUGCCGGCAGCGCAGCGCGGGGUUCAAAGGGCCGUGCGUGUCCGAUAAGAACUGCGCGCAGGUCUGCCUGCAGGAAGGCUGGGGCGGCGGCAACUGCGACGGACCCUUCCGCCGGUGCAAGUGCAUCAGGCAGUGCUGAUCAUAAUAUGUGCUACGGCUAGCUGGCCCUCGCCGUACGUCAGCUAGCUAGCCCAUGGAAUCAUACGUCUGUGUACCUACUUGAAUGUGUGUGUGUGUGCCGCCUUCUACGUACGUAUGUCGUAUGUAUAUCCGUAUCACCACUAGCCAGCUGCUGCAUCUCGAUCGAUGCAUGCGAGAGAAUAAUAAUAAGAAUAAAAACGUACGGUUCAUGUUC